CGCUGCCCUAUUUUUCAAGUUGACAUUUUUGUCCGAUAACAGGGUCAAAUCUGAUCUAUAUUUGGAUUUGAAUACAAAACUGGAUCCCUUGUUCACAGCCUUAGCUCUCUGAAGGUCAAAGAGAUUUUGUUUGUACACGCCAAAUAGUGCAGACUGGUUGAAUAAACGGCUUCUAUAUAAUUGUGGCCAUUCAUGCGCAUGACAGAUAACCGCACAGCAGCAAGGUUGUGCUUAUUACUGCUUAGGAAUACGUGUUUAAUCAAUGAUUUCUUGGGUCUAUGUAACAGACACUAGCAUCAUGGUAUCCUGGUUUAUUAUCGGCGUAGCCGUGUUCGCCUUGUGGAUCAUUGUGCAAUAUUUCAUGGACCAGGUUUAUUUGGACACUGCUGGCAAAUACGUGCUCAUCACGGGCUGCGAUAGCGGGUUCGGCAACCUCUUGACACGGACGUUGGGCAAGCACCGAGGCUGCUGCGUGAUUGCUGCGUGCCUGACAGAGGGUGCUGCCACACAACUGAAACAGGAAAUGGCAGUGGCUGGUCAGCCGGUCACAACCAUUGUGCUUGACGUCACAAACACCCAGAGCAUUAAACAGGCGUACAACGAGGUACGCGGGAUCAUUCCAUCAGACCAAGGUCUAUGGGGACUGGUCAACAAUGCAGGUAUCAACACACCCAAGGGCGCCUACGAGUGGCUCAAACGAGAAGAGAUCAAUAAAAUCUUCCAAGUCAACUUCAUGGGUACCGUUGAAGUGACUAGUACCUUCCUGCCCCUGCUUCGGCAAGCUAGGGGCCGCGUGGUCAACAUGUCCAGUUGCUCCGUCAUGCUGCCCUAUGUGGAGACUGCUUACACGGCUUCCAAAAUGGCUGUGGAGGCUUACUCAGAUAACCUACGAUUCAGUCAAAGAAAGCAGGGCAUCACUGUGCACAUCUUGGAGCCCGGAGCAUUCAAGACUUGGAUCGCUAAUCCAGAAAAUGUUCUUGGGUCUCAGAGAAGACUAUGGGAAAGGCUGACAGAGGAAGAGCGACAACAGUACGGUGGCAUCGAAAGAUUCAAAAGAGACGAGGCCAUAAUGAAGAUAGGCCUCCAGGCUGCCUCAUCCAAGCUCCAUCACGUGACGGGAGCCAUGGAGCAUGCUCUGUGUUCCCGCUGGCCCUGGAGACGUUACCUGCCAGGCCUUGAUGCCAAGUUCGUCUUCAAACCCUUGUCACUCAUGCCGGCCUUUGUCGUUGACUUUGUCCUUGGUUUAAUCGUUUGAUGAAAGCGUAGACUUUAACAUAGACUUCGUGUUUAGGUUAGUCUAUAGAGAAUGUAGACUUUAUCACAGACUUUGUCUUUACUUUUAAUUGUUAAGAGAAUACAGACUUUGAUGCAAAAGCUGUCUUUUAUUCCAUUUGUCACAGACUUUGUCUUUAAUUUAAUCGUUUGAAAAUGUAGACGUUUUAUAAGGGAGAUUUAAAUUACAUUUUAGGUUUUGUUCUUCGCCGACGUAAUUCAGAAACAAGGUAUACUCAGUGUUGUCUAAGGGCAUGCAAGAAAACAAUCAAAAGCUUACUCGAGUGGGACUCAAACCCAC